AGCAACAGGAAUAUUAGUUACAUUCCCACGAAUCCAGUCUCUGUUUUUGUACUUUUUUUUUUCUUUAUCCAUGCGCGUUGUGGAGGACAGACAGAAUGCACAAAGUUCAGAUCUAAGCUCUGAUACCAAUUUCAUUGAGAAGGUUCAAUAACGCUGUUUUUGCUGGUAAGUACUAAGCAGAGAACAUUGUACGGAUCCGUGUCCAUCAAUUAUCUGGAAUAUAUCUGGUACGUUUCCUUGCUUCCAACGGUCUAGUUCUUAGAAUUACAGUCCUGAAUGCGUUGGAGAAACGAAAUGUUCAAAAUAAAAGUACUGUAUAACAUUAACAUCCUCGUGGUCAUAGCAUAAACAAUUGAAUGAUGUCGCGGAGACCUGUGAAUCUGUCUCGGCGAUUUGGAGACAGCGGAGGUGGAUUGUUUUCAUCGUCGAAAUCAAAGACUUCGCCAGCUUUGUCGGUUGGACUCAUAAUUGUGGGAGGCCUGUUUCUAAUUGGCUAUGUUUACAAGGGCUCAGGUGGAUUUGGCAGCCGUUUGGAGUCUGUCAGCAGGCUUCAAGGUGAUUAUUUGUGUACUGGAGAGGUCCCACGAGCAAUUCCCAUUUUGAAGAAAGCAUACGGUGAUAGCUUACACAAAGUUUUGCAUGUUGGCCCUGAUACUUGUUAUGUGGUCUCUAAAUUGCUAAAAGAGGAGGAAACUGAAGCCUGGGGUAUAGAACCUUAUGAUAUAGAGGAUGCUGAUGCUAAUUGCAAAGCACUCAUUCGCAAAGGCAUUGUGCGUAUGGCUGAUAUCAAGUUUCCUCUUCCAUACAGGCCAAAAGCUUUCUCUCUUGUAGUCAUUUCCGAUGCCCUUGAUUUCUUAUCUCCCAGAUACCUUAACAAAACUCUUCCGGAUUUGGCAAGGAUAUCAACAGAUGGAAUAGUGAUAUUUACUGGUUAUCCAGAUAAUAAAAAGGCAAAGGGUGCAGACGUUUCUAAAUAUGGAAAAACGGCUAAGAUGAGGAGUUCAUCCUGGUGGGUCCGGUAUUUCCUUCAGAUUAACUUAGAGGAGAAUGAUGCUGCUUCCAAGAAGUUUGCACAGGCUUCAACUAAGAGUUCAUAUGUUCCAAAUUGCCAGAUAUUCCACCUGAAGUCUCUCAAUUGACUUUCACGAUGAUUACAUUUGAAUUAUUGAAGCUCCCAAUGGUUGUUACCCGUGAGUUUCAUCUAAAACGCUUUUUUUUUUCUAUAAAAGGUAAUUUAAUUUAUCAAAUUUUAAUUAAUUCUAGUUGAAUAGGUGAUCUUUAGUGCAGUGGCAGUGAUUGUUGUACUUUUAAAGGAACGUUACUUUUUCAUUGAGAUAUAGAUUGAAUCCCGUUACAUACUUUGCUUUUUCUCUUGCUAAUUUCUAUACAGAAAACCAAAAUGAAGUUAUUUCUC